AUGGAGCUGAUCGGGGAGCUCCGACCCCCAGUGAGGGGGCACACGAUGCAGAGGCGAUGGAGACCUGCGAUGGCUAGACUGGCACAAAUUAAUGUCAAUCGGUCUAGACCAUCGCAGGACAUGGUCGCAAGAGUGAGCAGUGAGCUUGGUGUGGGGCUGGUUGCCAUCUCCGAGCCUAACAGGAUCCCGGAUGAUGGACGAUGGUUGUCUUCCACGGACAACCCGCCAUCAGCUGCCAUAACCUGGCAAUGGUCGCAGGCCAGAAUACCUUGCUCGCCCCUCUGGAGAGGGAAGAGGUUCGCGGCGGUAGACUGGGGGGAUACUGUGGUGGUUUCUUGCUACUUUCCUCCCAGCCUCGACGAAGAAGAGUUCCUCAGGGACCUUAGUGAACUGGAAAGAAAGCUGACGGGUGCGUUGGGUCGUCCAAUUGUCAUCGCGGGCGACUUCAACGCUCGUGCCCUCGCGUGGGACGGGGGCGGCCGAAACAGAAGGGGGGAUCUCCUUCUGAACUGGCUAGCCACAUUGGACCUGCAGGUCAUAAACGAGGGAGCAGAGCCGACCUGUGUGCACCCCCGUGGAACUUCGAGGGUCGACCUGACGAUAGCGUCGCCUUCUGCCGCCAGGAAAAUAUCUGAAUGGAGGGUUGCAUCGGAGGUGGAAUCCUUAUCGGACCACCGCUAUGUGACGAUGAGGUUGGGGACCUCCAUCCUGGGCCCAGAGACCGGGAGAGUUGCUCUACGGACGUUCCCGAGAUGGAUGGCCAGCAGGGUGAACUCUGAUUUGAUGGAGGCAGUGGCCGUCUUUGCAGCGUGGAGCGAGAGCCCUGGAGACGCCGAUGAAGGAGCCCUAAACUUGGAUCGGGUAAUGCGGGACAUAUCCGAUGCCAGUAUGCCGAGAAAAGGACUUCCGAGAAGACCACAUGCGUAUUGGUGGAACGAGGAGAUUUCGGAGCUCCGCCGUUCCUGUAACGCGUGCAGAAGGAGGGUGACACGAACUCGGUCGCGCGCAAACGUGCCUCCUGAGGAGUUGAGGGCCCUCUGGGGCGAACUAAGGACUAAUAAACGUAGAGAGUUAAGGG